GAUGCUGCUCCUCUAUUCGUGCAGUUAAUAUUUACAGAUUGAAGGUAAUCCAUAGCUCACCUGUUGGUAACGCAGCAGGUGCUGUACCUGACUCAUUUUUGAUAAAUGUAGGAACUUUGUAGGUAGGUGUGCAGCUUUAAUACGCUGCUUUUAUUUUAAGUUUUUAUUCUCAUUCAUAAACAAAGCGUAGCUAAUGAAGAAGCAAGUGGAUCUGGACGCUCCACUGCUACAUAUUUUUAAAAGCAACUUUAUCGGCAGAUUUUAAGUUUUUCAGAGAAACAGUGGAGUUUUCGCUGCCAAGCUGCGGGCCAGGUUCCACUAUGACCGAGCGGACCCCUCUCCUUCACUACCGCCUGGUGAGCAGCGUCAAUGAGUCCGAGCAGCAGCCGGCUCCUCCGGCCAGGGAAGCCCCGGAGCAGCUCCCGGGCAGCCCGAGGCAGAGGUCCUCCCAGCAGCGGCAACAACCCAAGAAGCUCUCCAUUUUCUUCGGUGUGGUGAUUCCCACCCUGCUGUCCAUGUUCAGCGUGGUCGUCUUCCUCAGGAUAGGUUUUGUGGUGGGGCAGGCUGGACUGUACCAAGCGAUUGCCAUGUUCCUGGUGGCGUACUUCAUUAUCUCCAUGACUGUGCUGUCAGUGUGUGCUAUUUCCACCAAUGGAGCCUUGGAUGCUGGAGGCGCCUAUUACAUGAUCAGCCGAGCCCUGGGUCCUGAGUUUGGUGGCAGCAUCGGCCUCAUGUUUUUUCUGGCUAAUGUUUGUGGCUGCGCCCUCUAUGUGUUGGGUCUGGUGGAAGCCAUUCUGUCAACAUUUGGAAUACCAGAAGACCAGACUGUUGCAGCCUCUCCACACCAAAUACUGCCAACCGGUUACUGGUGGUCUCUGCUCUAUGCCACCGGUGUUGCCUUGCUGUGCCUUUUCGUGUGUCUGAUUGGAGCCCACAUCUAUGCAAAGGCAACUUUCAUCAUCUUCCUGGUGGUCAUGUUUGUCCUCUGCACCAUCUUUAUAAGCUUUUUUGCAACAUCGCCUAGAGUCAUCACACUGCCAAGCUCAGCAUUCAAUACAACAGGGACUCCCACUACAGCCAACUUUACUGGCUUUAAGCUGGAGACGCUAAGGGGGAACCUGUUUGGUGGCUAUGCUUUAGAUUACACAACAGGAACAAUGAUGACCUUUGCCACUGUCUUUGCUGUGAUGUUCAACGGUUGCACUGGCAUCAUGGCUGGCUCGAACAUGUCCGGUGACCUGAAGAAUCCCAGCUUCUCUAUUCCUCGUGGAACCAUCACAGCCGUGAUCUUCACUUUCAUCAUCUACAACCUGCUAAUCAUUCUCGUAGCCUGCACCUGUGACCG